AUGCCCUACUCCGCCGCUACCUCGGAGGGGCACGCAGCUCCAACCAGUGCGACUCCAACCACCACCAGCGCAACCAGCGCCUCUCCGCGUCAAGUCAACAUCCAGGCGAAUUUCAUGCCGGAGCCUGACACCCCGGAAAUGUCCGAUUUCAUGCGCAAAUUCCAUACCAUCGCUGACGUGACUUUCACCCCCACCAACGGCAUGACAUUCACGAUCUCCCAGAGCGCGCCGACGGGUACCAUGAAAACCACUCCCGGCGGCUUUCGCUUUCACAUUGGCGGAGGCCCGCAGUUGCCCGCCGCUGUGGACUCCCCGGAAAAUACGAAGGAAAUGCGAUUCCUCUCGAGCAUCAUGGAUGAUAUUGUUGAGAAGAGUACGAUCGCUCCGUCGCCAGCAGCGGCUACGACUACUUCUUCUUCCUCUCCUUCGUCGGCGGCGGCUAUGACUACUUCCUCCUCUGAUGUUGCUCCGAUGGCAACGAUGACUUCCUCCCCUGAUGUUGCUCCGAUGGCAACGAUGACUUCCUCCUCUGAUGUUGCUCCGAUGGCAACGAUGACUUCCUCCUCUGAUGCUUCUUCCAUGGUGGCCACGACAACUCCCCACCCUGAUGUUGAAUCGAGCCCAACAACAACUCCCCACCCUGAUGCUCCGAUGGCAACGAUGCCUUCCUCCUCUUCUGCUUCUUCGGCAGCAACGAUGACUUCCUCCUCCUCGUCUCGAAUCCCAACAGACCCCACCACCACCACUCCUCCAGCAUCGCCCUCAAAAUCCCCCUUCGACGAUCCUAUAUUCGGACCAGACGAUCGGUUACCAGGUGACCACAUCAUCGACGAUAUUCCACCAGUAGGAGCCCCAACGGACUCUGCCGUCCCUUCUAAAUCAUCAAUCCCAACAGACCCCUCCGGCACUCCUCCAGCAUCAACCCCAAAAGGCCUCUUUAGUGAUCCUUUCGUACCACACGAUCGAUAUAUCCAUCACGACAACAUCGAUGAUUUUCCACCAGUAGUCCCAACGGACUUUGUUGUCCCUCCUAAAUCUUCAAUCCCAAAAGACCCCUCCGGCACUCCUCCAGCAUCAACCCCAACAGACUUCUUGGACGACCUUACACUCGACCCACACAUCAACUAUGAUCCGGAAGUAAUAUCCCCAAAAUUCCACGUCCCUUCYAAACCAUCGAACCCAACAAACCCCUCCGGCACUCCUAAAUCUUCAAUCCCAACAGACGCCCCCUCCACCACCGCUCCACCCUUGGCCCGCCGCGGAUAG